AUGGAUGCUGCAUCAAAUUCUAGCAAUUUGUGUCAUCUAUUUCGUCUCGUCCGUUUAGCAACCGGCAAGCGCUAUUCACCAGAGCCGAUAGUGCGCAAUUCGGAAGGCCAAAUCAUCUCCGAUACUAAAGGAAAACUUUCCAGAUGGGUAGAGAAUUUUAGCAACCUCUUAAACAAUCCACUACACACCACGGCACCCAUUUCAGCAUUAACCCAGUCAGGCUACGAGGCGGAUUGCUCACCGUCAUAUCCCAAAGAAAUUGCAGACAUCCUUCGUCGACUGAACCCGAAGAAAACUGCUGGAGCGGAAGGGAUUCCAGCGGAAAUCCACAAAGGUUGUAUAGCAGCGCUCCUUGACCAUUUGCAAGCGCUCUUCUGCUCGAUAUGGGAGACCGAAAUCUGUCCUUCUUCAUGGGAUACCUCAGUACUACUGACAUUUCCCAAGAAAGGUGAUGGGACUCUGUGCAGUAUCGUGGGACAAGCCUCAUCCAUGUGGCUGCAAAAACCUUCGCACAAACCUCGCUUUCCCGUCUGGUCAAUGAGAGCAACCUGCGAACUCGCCAUAACCAAGGUGACUUAC